AUGACACCAUCAUUACCAACAGAUUGUCUUAAUGGUAUAUUUAGAUGUCUAUUAGACGACGCAAGUUCACUUCAUUCUUGUUUAUUAGUGAAUAGAUUAUGGUGUGAAAUAGCAAUCCCACUCUUGUGGAAUAAUCCGUGGCAGAGCACGCAACUUUUUGUAGAUAGAAAUUGGCCAGCGAUUAUAAGAACAUUUUCAUCUUGUUUACCUGAAGAAUCAAAAGAUAUAUUGAGAAGGAAUGGAAUAGAUUUAUUACAGACAAUAUCAUCGAAACCUCCCUUAUUUGAUUAUGUAGGGUAUUGUCAAUAUUUAUCGCCCACUGUGAUGGAUAGACUUAAAAGAAUUCUGACGGUUGGAGAAGAUAAUAAAAAAAAUGUUAACGAAUUUUAUUCUAGAUUAUACAGAGAACAUCUAGUGGAGCAAGAAUUUUAUAAAUUAUUUAUGUCAAGAUGUUCUCUUAAACAUCUCGUUUUGCCAAGGAUUCCUUUAUCUUAUUUUCCUGGAGCAAAUCAUUGCCUAGAAUAUCUGCGACACCUUAAAUGUUAUAUCGAUAGACCACCAGAAUUAUUUUAUGGAUUAGCUCAUAUCAGUAGAAAUCUUCAUCGACUGACAAUUUGUCAUUGUGAUGAAGAUAAUGAAGGUUUGGUCACUUUGAUUAAAUUACAAAAAGGGUUAAAAUCUCUCGUGUUGGAUUCGUCAGAAGAUUAUGUUAGCAUUUGCCCAAGAAUUGGUCAAGCAUUAAUCACUCAAGCGCAUUCUUUAUCUUUCCUUAAAAUACGUCAAAGCUUAUGUAUUCCUCCGGAAACUAUCGCUUUUUUCAUUAAUUUAAGAAUCUUGCAAUUGGAUAUAACAACGAGGGUUGCAAAUAUGGAAUUGUUAUCUCUUACAACCUUACCUAAACUUGAGAUUUUGGAUAUUUUUGGUGAUGAGAAUGCUCCUUUUAAAAUUAAGCAUUUUAUACAAAUAUUAUUACCAGCUUCUUCUACAUUAAGAUUCUUGACAAUUUGGUGGUCAGAAGAAACUCAGAAAGAACUUUUCACUUUAUUGAGUUUAUGUCGUCAAUUAGAAGCAAUUAAAUUUUGUUAUCAAGAUCUAAAUUCGAAUUCGAAUUCUGAUGAAUAUUAUUUAGCGGAUGAAAGUUGUACAGGAAAUUUCGUACAAGGAAAAUUGAUUUUUGAAUUAUUGGAAUUGAUAUCACAUGGAAAUGAAAAUUUAUGUAUUUUAUGUUUACAAGGAAAAUGGACUUUUACUUCGAAAGAAUUGAUAGAAUUUUUGGAAUUUUGGAAAGAAAAACAAAAAAAUUCUUUAUCAUUAUACUUGUUACCUUUUGAAAGUAAAUCUAGAAUAGAAUUGGAUAGAAUUUUUCAAAAAUAUUUAACAAGUGGUGUUUUGAAAGAUUUUGGUGAUAAAGGUUAUUUAGAUACUAUUCCUUUUUUGAGAAAUAUCUGGACUUUUUAA